CCCUUGGGGAACAGUGCGCAGGUUGGACCGGGGAGUGGGGUAAGGGAAUAAGGCUGAAGGCGUUUGCCAGGCGCUUCGUUUCCCGGCGAUUCUGGGCCGUGAAGUGGACACCGCUCGACCGAAACAGAGAGCCCUCUCUCCGCAUCGCCCGGCGAAGGCGCUCCAUUAAGGGUUUUAGUGUGUCCUGUUUCCCAGGGAGACCGGGGGUGUCGCACAGCAGGAGGAGAAGAUCAGCGGAAAACCUGCCCCUGACCCUGCGUCAGGAGUCCGGUCCGGUCCUGGACACACACAGGAGAAACUCCAACUCCGGCUGCGGUCAGCGACCCAGAACACAAACACGUGGACCGUUUCUGACCCUGCGUUAGGCGUCCGGUCCAGUCCCGGACACACAGGAGAAACUCUAACUCCGGCUGCGGUCAGCGACCCAGAACACAAACACGUGGACCGUUUCUGACCCUGCGUUAGGCGUCCGGUCCAGUCCAGUCCCGGACACACAGGAGAAACUCCAACUCCGGCUGCGGUCAGCGACCCAGAACACAAACACGUGGAAACGUUUCUGUGGCUGUGGUAGGACGACGUGGUCCCAAAUGAGCCUGGAAACGCGCUCAAACCAGCCGGUACCGGAUACUGCAGCGGAGUGACCAGGGCAGGAAUACCACACUGUUUCAGGGGUGGUGAGACACAUGCAGGCUGCCAGCAGGGGGGCUGCUACAGUCUAAUAACAGCAGCAGACCUGGGUCAAAUACGUCAUUGUUUUGGAUUCAAAUACACUUUGCUGAGCGUGUCUGGCGUAUAGGAACCUAUGAAACACUCGCAGAAAGAGCAAACCCGGCCCAACAGGACAGCGGUGGAACCUGAGGGGCGGGGCGAGGGGUGAGACAUGGAGCUGAUGGGGUCCACCCUGACGGCCACGUACUCCCGGCCCAAAUCCAGCCACUUCCUGCCGGCCAUCUCCACCAUGGCGGCCAGCUACCGGAGCCACCAGCCGCUGGUGGCCCUGGCGCAGGGCUCGGGCAUGCCCUGGAGGACCAGCGGGUACUACAAGAGCGGCAACGGCGGGGUGUCCGGGCUGGCCGCCUCGGGCCUGGCGCGGUCCAAGACCAUGUUCUACCCGUCCAACAGGGCGGCGCUGACGUCCCGCUACACGCCGGACGACUGGCACAAGUCCAACCAGUGCAACUACCGCGAGUCGGAGUCGUCCCGGAACAGCGCCGAGAGGCUGAGGCGGGACACCAUCCGGAUGAUCCAGGACAAGGACCAGCUCACCCGGCACACCCAGGAGAGCACCAGCAAGAACAUCGGCGAGCGCAUCACCGACAUCUCCUUCUGGAGGUCCGAGCUCAACCACGAGAUCGAGAACAUGGUGGCCGAGAUCGGAGCCCUCUCCGAGGUGAAGAGGAGGCUGGAGAGGGCCCUGGCGGAGACGGAGGGACCCCUGCAGGUCUCUCAGGAGUGCCUGUACCACCGGGAGAAGAGGAUGUCCAUCGACCUGGUGCACGACGACGUGGAGAAGGAUCUCCUGAAGGAAGUGGAAGUGAUCAAGUCGUGUCAGGAGAGGAUGAGGAGGCACUUGGACCGCGCCAUUGCUCAGCUUGCAGCUAACCGAGGCGCGCAGCACGAGCUGGAGAAGGACGCCAGUGACAAGGUGAGCGCCUUCCGCAUCGACGACAGGUGCCACCAGCUCCGCAACAAGUCCGACGGGAUCAGCUACCACCGCGGCGUCGAGCGCAACGACCCCUCGCUGUCCCUCCCUGAGACGUGGUGCAGAUUCACGGACAGCAACAUCCUGCACUCCCAGAGCGAGCGAGCCACCUCCCACAAGCUCCGCGACGAGAUCGAGAUCCUCCUCAACGCCACGUCCACCCAGAUGUGGAACCAGUUCAACACCGUCAACGUGGCCUUCACCAACCGCCUGUCCGAGACCGCCGACGCCAAGAACAGCCUGCAGACCCACCUGGCCAAGACCCUCCAGGAAAUCUUCCAGACCGAGAUGCUCAUCGAGAGCCUGAGGAAGGCCAUCCGGGACAAGGAGAACCCGCUGAAGGUGGCCCAGACCCGGCUGGAAGAGAGGGCCCGCCGGCCCAACAUGGAGCUUUGCCGAGACAACCCCCACCACAGGCUGGUGGGAGAGGUGCGGGAGAUUGAGGACACCAUACAGAAGCUGAGAGAUCGGCUGGCCGAGGCGGAGAGUGCGCUGCAGAUGCUGGUGAAGACCAAGGUCACCCUGGAGCACGACCUGUCCGUCAAGGCCAACUCCCUGUUCCUGGACCAGGAGAAGUGCAUGGGCAUGCGGAGGACCUUCCCCAGCACCCCCCGCCUGGUGGGGUACACAUAGAGCCAGGGGGAGGGAGGCACACACACA